AUGGGUAUUCCCUACAGUAAACAGAUCCACUCCGCCUUCGAUCAGUCGCAAAUAAUGAUGCGACGACUCCAAACCGAAGUCACUCCUCUCGUCGCAGCCGGAUAUCCAUUAGUAGCAUCUGGCUUUGAAGUCCUCAAGACGACUAAAAAUAUUGCCAUACUGCUAGCAGUAGUGCAGGUUUAUACGGCUCUUAUGCUGACGGUUAUUUUUGGGGUGGGCUGUAUGUUAUUGGUGACGAUGAAUCCAGACUUGGAAGAUGAGAGAAGCAGGAUGAUUAGUCCUGUUGUGAGAGGAGGAGUGGAAUGGGUUGAGAGAUGGGGAGGGUGGGUGAAUUGGGGUGUCAAGUUUGGAAUUGUGUCUGGAGUGGCGGCGAUGGGAGUAGGGAUUUGGAAAGGGGAGAGAGCGGGAGAAAUGGAAAGGGAGAUGGUUGUUGAGGGUGAAAAUGAGGAGACGGGGAGUGAAGACAAGGAGGAGGAGGAUGAAAGUGAUGAAAAAAAUAGAGUGAAUGAUAUGGAUGAUGUUGGGAAGUAG